CGUACCGUACCGUACCUUACUUUGUUCCGCUCCGAGCCUAGAAUGGCGGCGGGGAGGCGGUAUCGCCCGUCUGGAGUCCAUUUCAUUUCCCUCGUCAUACCUGACGCUGGUAUUGUGGAUUGCCAAGAUGAAGUCCCUGUCCAGCCUGCGGCUGCUGCUAUCUGCACACCACCUCCUCCUUCCCCUCCUUCUCCUUGUUGCCAGUGCGGCCAGGUCUGCGCCCCUACAACAAGCGACCAUGGGUCUCUCUACGCUCCUAGCCACUACCCACUCUCCUCAGCCACUCCUCAACCCCUACCCUUCCCACCCCCGCCUCUCCUUCUCCCAAUCCCAGUCCCGUAGCACCUUCAAGCUCCUAGUCCUAACCGACACCCACCUCCUCGACGACGGUGGCUCUCCCGGAAACGCCUCCACUCUCAACGCACUCUCCACCACCGCAGUGGAGAAGUACCUAGAGAUGGAGAAGCCAGACUAUGUGGUCCACUUGGGCGAUUUGAUCUCGGGCGAGGCGGCACGAAGUAAGGAGGAGGUGGAGGAGGCUGUAGGGAUGAUAUUGGGACCGAUGAUUAGGCGAGGGGUGCCUUUUAGUACUGCGAAAGGCAAUCAUGACAACGACAAGUACUCUACGCACGGCAUGAUCACCCGCUUCGAGCAGCGCAUCGCCCCUCACCUCUCCUACACUCGUCUCGCGCCCAAGGGAAUAGGAGGGGGAGAUGUAGGCUCAGACAACUACUGGGUACCCAUUUACUCCUCUCCCUCUCCCUCUGGCUCCAAAGCCAAAGCCGCGUCUGGAGCUGCUGAUCGGCCUGCUCUAAUCCUCUGGCACUUCGAUAGCCGCAGUGGCAAGACGAUGCUAGACUCUUCUGGCAACCAGACACAAAUCGAAGACUGGGUACACCCUAGCGUGGCUGGUUGGUUACGCAGGGAAGCAGAGCGUAUGGCGGCUGCCUGGGGACUGCCUCUACCUCCCUCGAUUGUCUUCACGCACAUUCCCUCUCACGAUUUUGCCUAUGCUCAGCAGCAUGGCCCCGCCUCGGAGCGAGAGCAGAUCGGCGGAGUGGAAGACGAGAGUAGUGCCAACUUCACUUCUGCCGGGUUGCGUUGGCCGGGGUUGAAUGAGGAUAAGCCCUUUGAUGGGCAGGGGGCGGAGGGUGUAAAGUAUGCAGGGCAGGAUAGGGCUUACCUGGAUGCCUUUCUGGGUGGGGGAGAAGGGAGACCGGCGGGAGAGCGGGUGCAUGCCAUUGUUAGUGGACAUCAGCAUGGCAAUGACUGGUGUGCUCCCUCGCGGCUCACCACCUCGUCCUCGGGCAGCAGCGCAAGUUCGUCUGACCAAGACGAGGAGACGCAAGAGCAUCAGCGCCAAGUCCAGACACAGCGUGUUCCAAUCUGCUUUGCCAAGCAUUCAGGGUUUGGCGGGUACGAUAAGGAAGUCAAACGGAAUCACGGAGCGCGGAUCUUUGAGUUUGAGCUCAACAGCACCCUCCAGACUGGAGCGGAGACGUGGGUACGCUUCUUGACGGGAGAGAAGAGAUACGCUACCGUGUUGGACGACGCAUUCUUUGCGACUGCUUGAGCGCUACAGCUGUCAUUUAGAAGAGGCGUGAGAUAUAGCAUAUACCCGUUGCACCAUG